AUGCCUCUGGUCCCUGGGGACCGCGGGCCCAGUCCCUGCACCAGGCCUCCUGGCUCUGUGAGUCUCUUGGUGCUGCAGCAGCCGUUUCUGGUGCUGGCCCGUGGAGUGCCAGCCGGCCUCACCCGUGGUCCUGGGAGGGGCAGCGGCCCCCAGGCCGACAAGGGUCUGCAGGUCCCCACCAGGCUGGCUCCCAUUCGACUCCUAGGCCCGGCCGAGUGGGCUUCCCAGCCCCCUUUUCAGCCUCAGUUCCUCUCCUUGGCUGCACAGGGGGAGGACCCUAAGACGAGGGUCCUGCGCUGUCUCCAAGUGGAGACCCCACAUCCGGCCUCUACAAUCCGGCCUCUACAAUCCGGCCUCUACAAUGCCACUGACCUGCCAGGGAGGCCGGCGGGCGGCCCUGGACCCAGGGUGACGCUGGCACCCGCCCGGAGCCCCCGGUGUAUGGGUGACGCCGUUAUCUAUCCAGAGCCCCCAGUGCACAGCGGUGGACCCUCCCCGCCCUUUGCCUCGGAUCCAGAACGGUCCAUCCCGCCGUUGGCCCGCCGAGCCCCACAGCGUCUCCCAGCAGUCAGGCAGUCGAUCGCAUUAGGACUGGCCGCCAGCCUUAUUAAAUCCACUGGACCGAGCCGAGUGCAGAGCGCAGUGCAGCCCUGGGAAAGGGGGGCUCCGCCCAACAGGCUGUCGCUGCUACAAGCAGCUUGUGGCCAGGGCCGGCCGGGAGCCCCCUGGCACCCCGCCCCCUCGGGCGCAGUGUCCCCGCCCCGCGUGCACGCCCCGCCCCACGCCGCCGCCUGCCCUCGGCUCCAGCGCCCCAGGAGCGCUGCGCGGACACGGGCUCCGGGGACCAGCGCUACCGCUGCCGCCCAGGUGAGCCCGCCGCCUGCCGACCCUGCCGCCUGCGCCCUGCGCCCUGCUCCUCCUCCGCUCUCGCCGGUCCCUGCGCGCCGCUUCCCCGCUGCCCCCGGGUCUGGGCACAACGUGCCGCCCCCCGCCCUGCCUGCUGCGCGAUCUCCCCUGCCGCCCCCACCGCGGAUUCCCCUGCUGCUCCGUGUCCCUCCCGGUCGGUCGCCCUCCCGAGCCUGGGUUCCUCCAGACCCUCCCCUCUGGCUUCCAGGCGCCCCUCUCCCGGUAUCUGUCAGCCUCUGGGACCCGGGGCUGCGGGGCGCCCGGGUCAGGGAGGAAUGGCUCUGCCCCGGAGCUGGAAGAGGGGCAGCGGGGCUGGGGAGGGCUGGGCACACUGCUGGACCGGAGCUCAAGCCCUCAGUGCGCGGGGGUGGCAAUCAGCUCCCACUGCCGGCAGCCGCCGCAGACUGGGGGGCCUGGCUGCAGCCUGCCUUGGAGCCUGGACAGGGAGCCACCCCGCCCCUCUGGGGUCAGAACUGCCUCUCCAAGGUUUGGGAGUUGGUCUGCCGCAGCCCUCCCACCCCUCCCACCUUCACAACUGUGUGUGUCCCGUGGUCCCGCACCUGUUCAUUGUACCUGGUCUGCCAGCGGCCUGAGGCCCUUAGGAAGGGCAAGGCCUGGAGCGCCUACUGCCAAAGGUGA